UCAGUCUGUAUAUGUAAAUAAAUAAAUAAAAAUCAGUCGUAAGAAAAUCACAUCACCUUACCGAUGACUCUAGUUUCAAGUUUGAACACCAGUAAAGUGAUGAAAAGUCAGCCCCAGCCCACCAGAGGCACCAGCAGAGCAUCGAAUCACCUUUUUAUCCCCUGGUUUAGAAUUAGGUUUCAUUCCAUCACCAAAUCGUGCCGUGCUUGUUGUUUUUCGCCUAUUUUUGAUUUUUCUAGUAGGAAAAUGGCAUCUCAGGCGGAAAAGAUUCCCCAGAUGAAAGACGAAAAGGGCAACAUCAUACAAAUGGUAGAAGUUGAAAAGCUUGCCAUCAACUCACUUAGGCACCUGAAGAAACAAAUUGAACAGGAAAUAGGCAUUUUCCAAGAUUCAAACCAGACGCUGAGGAUCGCCCAGAGCAAGUACAUGGAAGCGAAGGAAUCCAUGGCCAGGCUAGAACCAGAGAUCACCGGAUCUGAAAUCCUAGUGCCACUUACUUCUUCUAUAUUUGUCCCUGGUGUUGUUAUAGACGGGGGCAAAGUUUUAGUAGACGUUGGUACUGGAUUUUUAAUAAACAUGACCAUUAAAGAAGCAAAGGAUUACUUCGAUAGGAAAAUAAAAUAUGUGUGUGGACAAAUAGAUGCAAUUAAUUUGAUGGCAAUUGAGAAAACUAGAAUGAAAGAUGUCAUUGUGAGUACAUUAGAGAAAAAAAUUCAAGCACAGAUUGGAUCCAAAAUACGACAACAACCACCACCUCAGCUGGAAACUGCCUAAUGUUUUUGUUUUAAUUUAUUAAUUUUGAUCUUCACGCUAUUAUUAAUCUUUGAAUUUAAUUAAUAAAACUGCAUAUAUAUAAUAUACAA